AUGAUAUGUUCGCCAAUAUCGUCGCUAGCCUUCAACCAAUGCGGUCAAAUAGCCCCAAUCCACUCAGUCGUUGGCACAUUUUCCAAUCAUGUCGACGCAGUCCAGCUAGUCCAUGAACUUUUGACCAGUUCCUCGCCUCCAAAAACGGACACUGACACAUUGUUUGAUGUUGUCUCCAAAGCCUGCAGUCAGACUGCCUGGAACAAUGUUUUCAUUUUCAAGUCUAUGCACCAAGAUGACUUCCGUCCUCCCAAAUUUGCGUUUCGUUCAGCGAUAGCACUGUGUGAAUUCAAUCGACCCGUUGAGUCACCAAGAAAUUCAGAAGAUGAGAGAGUUGCUAUCGUAGGCUUCUCAGGGCGAUUUCCGUCUGCGCAGGACGCCGAAGAGUUCUGGGAGGUACUACGAGACGGUCGGGAUGUCCACAAGCAAAUCCCACCGGAUAGAUUCGAUGCAAACACCCAUUACGAUCCCACUGGAAAGAUUCGCAACACAAUGAAAACGCAGUUUGGAUGCUUUUUGGAUGAGCCGGGGCUAUUUGACAACAAGUUUUUUCAUGUUUCUCCCCGUGAGGCUAUGCAAAUGGAUCCUGUUCAACGACUGGGCCUUAUCACAGCGUACGAAGCCAUUGAGAUGGCGGGUAUUGUGGCGGGAAGGACGCCAUCAACGGCGAAUGAUCGUAUUGGCACCUUCUAUGGACAAGCUAGCGAUGAUUGGCGGGAAAUAAACUCAUCCCAAAAUAUUGAUACUUACUUCAUUCCGGGCGGCAUUCGUGCUUUCACACCUGGACGUAUCAACUACCAUUUCAAAUUUUCUGGACCAAGCUACAGCGUUGAUACCGCUUGUAGUUCAAGUUUUGCAGCAAUUCAAGUGGCUUGCACAUCCUUGUCCAACGGUGAAUGUGAUACAGCGAUCGCUGGCGGUGUCAAUAUUUUGACAAACCCUGAUAUCUUUACAGGAUUGAGUCGGGGUCAUUUUCUCUCAACCACUGGGCAGUGUAAAGCAUUUGAUGAGGCUGCAGAUGGAUAUUGUCGAGCAGAGGGUGUGGCAUCUUUAGUCCUGAAGAGGCUUCCAGAUGCAAUCGCGGACAAUGAUCACGUUUACGGAGUCAUACUCGGCUCGCGAACCAACCACUCUGCACAGGCAACAUCUAUUACACGACCCCACCACGAGGCUCAAGCGUUUUUGUGCCAAAAGAUUUUGGACAGCGCGGGUGUACACGCGCAUGAAGUUGAGUACAUCGAGAUGCACGGAACCGGUACACAAGCUGGCGACUAUCAUGAGAUGCUGUCAGUGACCCAAGUCUUCGCACCUCUAGAUGCACCUGUCCGCCCAAAGCCUCUGUAUGUAGGAACUGUGAAGGCCAAUUUCGGUCAUGCAGAGGCUGCGGCUGGAGUGAUGUCUUUAGUGAAAGUCCUCAAAAUGCUUCAGCACGAAGCCAUUCCUCCCCACGUUGGGAUUCAAAGUGGUGUUAUGAACAAAAGGUUUCCCUCUGAUUUGGCAGAGCGAAAUAUUCGAAUCCCAAAGGGUCAGAUACCAUGGCAAAGAAGAUCUGACGGCGGUUAUCGCCUAGCCUUUCUGAACAAUUUCUCCGCUGCUGGGGGGAAUACGGCAAUGCUACUUCAGGAAGCCCCCAGGAUUACACGUGGCCUUCAAGUUGAUCCUCGGAAGACAUUGGUACUGCAAGUCACCGGCAAGACUCUCAGCUCUCUUCAGGCGAGUCUGCUCAAAUUGGCUGAUUACAUGGCCCACAAUCCUCAAACACGUUUAUCUGAUUUAUCCUACACAACCACUGCCCGCAGAAUGUCUCACUCACACCGAUUCGCUAUUGCAGGAUCCGACAUGGCAGAUUUGCAGGAUGGGCUUCGACAGGCGGCCACCCAGAAUUUCAAGCCUGUCCAAGCAGGAAAACUUGCUUUUGUUUUCAGUGGCCAAGGAAAGCAAUACAGAGAGCUUGGCAAAGGGCUAUUUGAGACGUCAACCUUCUUCCGCCAAAGGAUCCACUUUCUCCAUGAAAUGGCCCUCUCACUUGGAUUUGAGUCCUUUCUGGGGAUGAUCGUUGGAUCAUCACCUCAGAAUGAAAUUGGUAGCCCCGUUUCUACUCAGCUCUGCAUGGUCACAUUUCAAAUGGCUAUCAGCGAUCUGUUGUUUUCCUGGGGGCUCAAACCCGAUGCUGUCAUUGGGCAUAGUCUGGGCGAGUACCCUGCACUUUAUGCAGCCGGUGUCAUCUCUCCAGAGGAGGUUCUAAGAGCCACGGGAACUAGAGCUCAACUCAUUGUAAAGCAUUGUCAAAAAGAUACACACAUAAUGCUUGCUAUCAAAGGAGCCAACGCGUCUAAAAUACGGGCAAUUAUCGACCAGGGAGAUGGAGUUAGUGUCGCGUGUGAGAACAGUGCCGAUGAAACUGUGUUAGCAGGACCGCGAGAAAAGGUCGAUGAAAUUUCCCGAUUACUAAAGAAUCAAGGAUUUAGGACGAAGAUUUUGGACGUACCUUACGCCUUUCACUCCGACCAAAUGAAUCCAAUUGUCGAUGAGUUUGAAAAUGCUGUUUCACAAUUGGUUGACUUCGCACCACCCAAAGUCAAAUAUAUAUCGUCAGUACUUGGUCGCCUAUCUCAAGAGAGUGAUUUUAAACCUAGCUACUUUGCUCGCCAUAUGCGUAACACGGUCAAAUUUCAUGAAGCAAUCAUUUCUGCCAAACAAGAUCUUGUCAUUGACGAUAAGACUGCAUGGAUUGAAGUUGGAAAUCAUUCUAUUUGCUGCGGGUUGCUCAAGGCUAUUUUAGGGCCAGAACACAAUGCUCUGCCGUCACUGAAAGAGGGUGAAGAUGCAUGGCAUACACUGUCCACGACUCUUGCAAGAUUAAGCAAUGAAGGUUUCAAUAUUGACUGGAAUGAAUACCAUCGGGAGUUUGAGAAGCGCAAUGAGUUGUUGGAACUUCCAGCAUAUUCGUUUGAUUUAAACAACUAUUGGAUUGCCUACGAGAAUGACUGGGCUCUCACCAAAGGAGGACCUACGGUCAAAAGCCUUACUGGGCAGCCCGAGCCUGACUUAUACACAUUGACUGUUCAUAAAAUAAUGCGAGAGAAACAAGAUCACGACAAAAUAACACUAGUCGCAAGAACAGACCUUUCUCACCCGCGCCUUCGCGAGCUCAUAUUUGGGCAUCUGGUUAAUGGUGCAGGGCUAUGUCCAUCGGUCUUAUAUGCGGAAAUUUGCAUGACCCUCGCUGAAAGAUUUCGUCGUCAAAAUCACGCGGACGUGGAGCCAAUUGGUAUCAAUAUCUCAUCAAUGAGUGUGCCAAAACCCGUUAUUCUUCAUACAGAUCCUCAAAUCCCUCAAAAUCUGGAGAUCAUAGCAGUGAAAGACGGCAAUCAGAUCCGAGUUCAGUUCAAAUCCUCUGAGGGUGCAGUUAUCCACGCCACUUGCAUUGUUAAAUAUGGCAGUCGGAGAAAAUGGGCGCAAAAAUGGAAUCGCAAGGCUCCCUUGGUUCUCGAGGCGAUUAAACGACUGGAAGAUCCCAUGAAUUCCAGCAUCCAUCGUAUUCAAUCCAGAUUGGCCUACAGAUUGUUCGCCUCACUUGUGGAUUACGGUAACACUUAUCGCGGCAUGGACCAAGUAUAUGUCGACUCGGGCAAAUUUGAAGGAGUAGCACAAAUCUCUUUCAAGACACCUAAGGAAGAAGCGAGAGACUUUUACAUGGAUCCACGUUGGAUUGACAAUUUGUGCCACAUCUCUGGCUUCAUUGUCAACAGCAACGAAUUUAACUCGGACAAAGAUGUGUAUAUUUCACAUGGAUGGGAAUCUCUACGUUUCGCCGAGCCAAUUGAACAUGCCAAAGCAUAUCGCACAUAUGUUCGCAUGGAGCGCUCUGGAGAAGGAGAUAUCCGAGAAGGAGAUGUGUACAUUAUUUAUGAUGAACGUAUUGUGGGAUUGGCGUCGGGUGUCAAAUUCCAGUGUGUUCCGCGUCGGGUGUUGGAUUUCCUUUUACCAGCCUCAUCCAAGAUCGCGCCCAAGCUCGGGCCUUUGCAGAAGAAGAACGAUUCAUUGGUGGAGGCUAUACGUCCGGACUUGAGUUCAACCUCACGAGGUCAUGCUUUUGAAGACACAGGUUUCCUUGAUAAAUGUCUCAACAUUGUCGCAAACGAGUGUGGAGUCAAGCUGACCACUUUGAAUGAGGGUAUUCCAUUUGCUGAUCUGGGAAUCGACUCCCUCCUUUCUUUGACAAUUACUUCGCGCCUUCGUGAAGAACUAGGUGUUGAUCUUGACUCGAACUUUCUCCUGGACAUUGAAGAUUUAGCGCAGCUAAGGGAGCUUAUUGGGGCACCAUCGACCAGUAACUCCAGCACAAAAGGUGCAGAUACCCCAUCACAAGAAAAGAACAGCGAGUCAUGUAUGCAACCUCAGUUGACCUUUCAUUCAAGCCAUACCAGUGGGGCUAUUGAGUGGAUUCGUGGUGUGAUAGCUCAGGAACUUGGAGUAGAUGCAACCACGAUCAAAGACGACACUCAUCUGAAUGACAUGGGCCUUGACUCUUUGAGUAUCCUAUCAAUCACUGCGGCAAUCAGAGAGAAUUUCGAAGACAUUGAAAUCUCAGAAGAUCUUAUGGCGCAUUGUGGAUCGAUCUGUGAGCUCUUGCGGGCUUUGAAGAUUGUGCAGACGGUGGAGCCAGUUUCGAACCCACCCUCGACUCUCGCUUCAGUUCUCAAUUCUCCAUCGUAUCUAUUACAGGGUAACCCUAAAAGGUCCUCAGAAACGAUCUUCUUCUUUCCGGACGGAUCAGGCUCUGCAACCUCCUACGCCCCCAUACCUCCAAUUUCAGACCAAGUCUGCGUGUACUCGCUUGGUUGUCCAUAUCUAAAAACGCCAGAAGAUUGGAUGUGUGGUAUUCCUGGAGUUGUGACUAUUUACCUCAAUGAAGUACGUCGCCGUCAACCUAAAGGCCCUUACAAUCUGGGCGGAUGGUCAGCUGGUGGUGUGCUUGCAUACGAAGCCGCAGUGCAGCUACGCGCCGCUGGCGAGGUAGUCAACAAACUGAUCCUUAUCGAUUCACCAUGCCCAGUCGCAUUGGAGCCGAUUCCAUCUAAACUGUUUCGAUUCUUUGACUCGAUUCAUGUGCUUGGAGACCGAGGGCCAGGUCGCAAAGAAUCACCGCCUUAUCUCAUCCCGCAUUUUGAGGCCAUGAUCCGCAACCUUGAUACGUAUCGUCCAGAGAAAUUGCGUGGGGAUUCAGUCAAAAUGCUUACAGUUCUGUUUAUCUGGGCCCGACAAGGGGUGUGUCAAAAUCCUGACGAUCCACGGCCGAUCCGUGGGCAAGGAGAUCCUAAAGUCAUGGAUUGGCUUUUAGAUGAGAGAAAGAAUUUCGGUCAGAAUGGAUGGGAUCAACUGCUUGACCAGGCAAGUUUCUGUUUCGAGGUCAUUGACGCCAAUCACUUCUCAAUGAUGAUAAAGCCAGUAGUAGACGAGGUUGGAAGGGUAAUUGCUAAGGCGUUUUGA